CUGUCACAACUCUACUCCCAUAAUCCUAAUUCCAAUUUAAUAUAAAUACGUUGUACACCCCAAUCGUCUUUGUGUGUGUGUGUGUAUAAAGGAUAAAUACUUAAUCGCAGCGCACGACAACUAUCAAACUUGAAAUAACUUUCAUGUGCGUAAUUAGACAGCUAUUCUUUACGGAUGACAGCAAUUUCCAGAAGAAAUUGGGUAUUUCUGGCCAGAAACUUGCAAAACGUGUGGCAAUCUUGCAUAUUGAAGCCAUAUAUUUUCUGAAUUUUGUAAUUAAUUUCUAGACUGCACGGUGGGAUUUCUUUCACUGGCAUUACUGAAUUGACACGCCUCAAAAUUCAAAGCGACUCCCACUGUUGCGGCUUCACUUUCGGUUUACAAACGUCCAAGGUAUAUAUGGUUCAGAGUCAAUUGUGGUACGUGUAGCUCCAACACCGCCAUGCAUACCCUCUCAUCACUGUGUCUUUGCCUGGUGUUCUUCCAUGCAGAUGCUCAAUUUGGCUAUGGGCAGUUCCAAUGCCAGGGGAUGUCCAGUGAUGAUGCACUUUUAACUGAAAAAAUCUACUAUAACAAGAUGCUUUAUCUCCAAUACAACAGCAGCGGAGGAAAGAUUAUUGGCUACACAAAGACAGGAAGGGCAAUUGCAGACAUUCUCAACAGAGACGUUUUUUUGAAAGACCAAAAAAAACAUCUACAACAUUGCAAGAGAUGGAUCACGCGUGCCUAUAGCACUUCAACAAAGAAAGUUGAGCCGAAGGUUCGACUGCGAUUAACCAAGGCGCCGGCGGACAGCGAGCAUCCAGCGACCCUCGUCUGCAGCGUGUACAAUUUCUAUCCAAAGGACAUCUUGGUGACGUGGCUCAAGAACGGCGAGAAGGUUACGUCUGAGGUGACGUCCACCGAGUCCCUACCCAGUGGCAAUUGGCUCUAUCAGAGGCACUCGUACUUGGAGUACACGCCAACGCACUGGGACAAAAUCAGCUGCAUGGUGGAGCACCCCAGCCUCGAGAAGGCGAGGAUUUAUGACUGGGAGGCCAUGCCAGAGUUUGUGAGGAAUAAGAUCAUAUUAGGAACACUGGGUCUGAUUGUGGGUGUGGUCUCUUCAUCUGCUGGCCUGAUUUACUACAGAAGUAAUGUGCCUGGGCGAGUGAGAGCGUCAACAAGUGGUGACAGAAGGGACGUCCAGUCAGGGGAGAGAGAGGAGGCUGAGACUCAAAUAUACCACCAAGAGUAAAUAAAAUAAACUAAUCGUGCUAAAUAUGUUUUUUUUUUCAAUUUUAUUUCUCUGUUCUGUGCCUUAUAAUGUUCUAUUCAAAUCCAAUAAAAUCCAUGAGUUCAUUCACGCAGUCAAAA